GGUGUGGGAUUAGAAUUUGGCUAAGAAGAGUGAGAGGACUUUUUUCAAUAGCUGUGUUCUGUUUUUGGGGCGAUUUUGAAGAAAGAUAGGGAGAGGACAUAGCAACUAGUUUUUCAAAUAGUUAUAGCAAUAGAGAUAGAGAUAGAGAUAGAUAAGCGAGUAAAUCCAAAUCCCAUUAAGGGAAAUGGAAACAUGGGAAAGACCAAGAUGAGAAGGCCAUCUGCUUCCAAUCCCAAUCCUCUUCUUGUUUUGUCUUUUUAACCAUCACAAUACCAGUAUCUCUAUCACCACCCCUAUUUCCGGUUCAUGCUCUUCUUCCAUUUUGCUAAAAUCCCAAAUCAGAAACAGAGACAAGGAAUCAAAAAAUGGUGACUGGGUGGAGAAGGGCCUUCUGCACGUCUAUCCCUAAAGACAGACACACCAAAGUUGUAACAGAGAAGCAGCAGCAACAAUGUGAAAACACCAACACCAACACCAACAAUAACCAAAGCCCCAAAAUCACCUCCAAAUUCGGUUUCUUCUCCUCCUCCUCAAACCCAUCCACGCCUCGCCUUCAAUCCCAGCCGGUGUCGACUCCAAGCCUCCGCUGCCGAACCACCACCGCCGCCACAGCACCCACCACCCCCAAUUCUUCCCUCCCCAACAGCCCAAAACUGCAAUGCAACGUCCCUGCCACCACCACAACCCCGAAAAAAAUGACCUACAGCCCCAGAGUCUUCCACCGAUCCAACCCCUCCUCCCCGAAAUCGCCUUCCAGCUUCUCCCUCCUCAAAUCCACCCUCCGCCUCAACAAAAGUAGAUGCGGAAUCUGCUUGCAGAGCGUGAAAAGUGGUCAAGGUACGGCCAUUUUCACAGCCGAGUGCUCCCACUCCUUUCACUUUCCUUGCGUCGCCACCCAUGUCAAGCAGCAACCUCUCAUGCUCUGCCCAGUCUGCCACGCCACCUGGAAAGAGCUGCCUCUGCUCGAAACUCUCACUCCUCGCACCAAUACUAAUCCCCAGUCGAAGCUCAGAGACGUCAAGAUCAAGCCCUUGAGGGUUUACAACGACGACGAGCCGCUCAUGUCGCCCACCUCCGGCGCCAGGUUCAAUCCCAUUCCGGAGUCCGACGAAAACGAGGACGAAAACGAUGCCGUUGAGUUCCAGGGCUUCUUUGUCAAUCCUGAUAGGAAUAAUGUCUGUUCCGGGAAUCGCAAGAGUGUGGAGUUUAGUUUGCUGCCUGAAUCGGCGGUGGUGGCGCUUGGGAGGAGCUUCGAGACUUACGCCGUCGUCUUGAAAGUCAAAGCUCCGCAGCUUGUGGAAGGUAGAGCGACGUCGUCGUCGCGAAGGGCGCCGAUUGACUUGGUGACCGUGGUCGACGUCAGCGCCAAUACCAGCCGCGCCAGGAUUCAGGCCACCAAGCGCGCGUUACGGUUGAUAAUUUCUUCUCUCUCCGACGCCGACAGGCUCUCCAUCGUGGCGUUCUCGUCCACCUCCAAGAGGCUGCUGCCGUUACGGAGGAUGACGUCGCCCGGCCGGAGAUCGGCGCGUCGGAUAGUUGACGCGCUCUGCGGCGUUGGCCAGGGUAUGUGUGUCAACGACGCGCUCAAGAAGGCGGCCAAGGUGUUGCAAGACCGCCGGGAGAGAAACCCUGUCGCUAGCAUUAUGCUCCUCUCGGACGGCGGCGGCGUUUCCGCCAAUCAGAAGCGCUCCUCCCCGGUCGUGUCCUCCACGCGCUUCCCCCACCUCGACAUCCCCGUCCACACCGUCGGAUUAACCGAGACUACCGACGACGCGUUCGCCAAGUGCGUGGGGGGUUUGCUAAGCGUGGUGGUGAAAGACGUCAAGCUCCAGCUCAGCGUCGUAACCGGUUCAGCCAACGCCGAGAUCGGGGCGGUUUAUUCUCUCACGGGCCGGCCCACGGCUCUCGGAUCCGGUUCGAUCCGGCUCGGCGACCUCUACGCCGGAGAAGAGCGAGAGCUGCUCGUCGAAUUGAAAGUCCCGGUCAAUUCCGGCGGGUCCCACACCCAAAACGCGAUGAUGUCCGUACGGUCCACCUACAGAGACCCGUCGUCGAAUGAGCUCGUAUUUUCCAAAGAGCGGGCCCUCCUCGUACCGCGCUCGCAAGCCGUCCGAUCGCCUUCUACCUCUUCCUCCAACCCCAACAUCCAACGGCUGCGAAAUCUCCACGUCACGGCUCGAGCCGUGGCCGAAUCGCGCCGGUUCUUGGAGCGAAACGACUUCUCAGGCGCCCAUCACUUGCUGACUUCGGCUCGAGCUCUGCUGCUCCAGUCGAGCUCGGCUUCGGCGGAGGAGUUCCUGCGCGGCUUGGAGGCUGAGCUGGCGGAGCUGCACCGUGGAAGGCAGCACCAGAGUGUGGCCCAGAGGCAGAGAGGGAACUGGCACUUGGAGGAGAAGCCGGAGCCGCUGACGCCGACCUCGGCUUGGCGCGCCGCCGAGAGAUUGGCUAAGGUGGCUAUAAUGAGGAAGUCCAUGAACAGAGUCAGCGACUUACACGGCUUCGAAAACGCCAGAUUUUAGCUUCUUUAGUUUAGAAUUUUUUUUUUUUUUUUUUUUGAAUUUUCAUAUAUUUUGUAAUUGUAAAAGAAACAGAAAUAUAAUAUGAUAUUGGUGGGAAAGGAAAUAAUAUGAAAAGAGAAAUGAUUUGAAACGUGGGCCCGGGCCAGGGCCCAGGCCCAUAGUAGUGACAAAGCGGUAACGGACGGCCAGGCUCUUUUGGAAAGGAACGGAUAGUGAUAGUGGCAAGCGAGGAGUGGAAAAGGGCAACGAAACCCCACAAUGAAAUGAAAAAUUGGGUGUUGUGUUGUGGCCUUCAUUUACUAUUGGUUUUGUCUCUAUUAGAUUAUUAGUAUUCCCAACCCCCAAAACCCAGAAAGACCCAAAAAUCUGAGUACAAUUAUUUAUGUAUUUCUAAGAGGAGGUAGGGAACGGUGGUAUUUG